AUGAGCGUCAAAACCCGACUCCUGAUCAUCUCAGACACCCAUGGGGAGGCGUUCGACGUCAAACCCGCCCACAAAGCCGACGUCGUCAUCCACUGCGGUGACCUCACAGACGAGUCCAAGCUAACCGAAUACCGCAAGACUCUGCAGUUCCUCGAGGGGCUCGAUGCGCCGCUCAAGCUGGUGAUCGCGGGGAACCACGACUUCACACUGAACCUGCCCGCCUUCAAACAACGAGUAGAAGAGGCCGUUCCGGCAAUCGAGCCCGAUCUCAUCAAAAAGGAAUACGGCGGCUACGGAGAGGCAAGACGCCUCUUCGACGAAGCGACUGGGAUCACAUUCCUCGACGAGGGAACCCACCACUUCAUCCUGGCCAACGGCGCUCGCAUGACCGUCUACGCCAGCCCGUACACCCCCUCCAAAAACGGCAACGUUUUCCAAUACCCUCCGGCCACCGGGCACGACUUCGCCAUCGCGGACGGCACCGACGUGGUCAUAACGCACGGCCCGCCCCAUGGCAUAAUGGACUACAGCACCGAAUCACGACGGGCCGGGUGCCCGGACCUCUUCGCCGCCGUCGCCCGGGCGCGGCCGCGCGUCCACUGCUUCGGAUACAUACACGAGGGCUGGGGCGCGAAGCUCGUGGCGUGGCGGGACGCGAUCAGCGGCAAGCCAUCGCAUUUUGCGGAUAUCGAUAAUGAGCGGUCUGUCGUGGUUGAGAAACUGGUGAACUUGACGGCGGCGAAGUUCGAUACGACUGCGUCGAUGGAGGAGAAGACGCUGAGGAGGGCGGAGUAUGUGGAUAGGGGGUGCUGUGCUACUAGUCAUUGCGCUGGUGAUGACAAUCCCCUGGGGUUUCGACGGCAUACGCUUUUUGUCAAUGCCGCUAUUGAAGGUAUGAGUGAUGAGAUGCCCUUUCAUCCACCUUGGCUUGUUGAUGUUGAAUUACCUCUAGCUGGGCCGGAGGUUUGA